AUGAGCAAACCAGCGGCGGACAAGAAGCCACCGAGCAAACCAGCGGCGGACAAGAAGCCACCGAGCAAACCAGCGGCGGACAAGAAGACGCCGAGCAACGCGGCGGCGGAGAAAGCGCCGAUGCUCGUGGUCGUGACGGAAGAGGACGACGAGUUUGAGGAGUUCGAGGACGCCGACUGGAACGGACAGGCGCAAGAGACGGACGCGCACAUGAAACAGCAGUGGCAGGACGACUGGGACGUGGACGAAGCCGACGACGACUUUUGCAACCAGUUGCGGAAGGAGCUGCAGAAGCACAAGUAG